AUGCAGUUCGCCGAUGCUCUCUUACGUGUCUUGUGGACUUACAGGUCCAUCACGGCUCUCGCCGUGGUCUCGGUCUUCCUUCUCGUCUUUACAUACGCUCGAAGCCCGAGACGGCGUCUUCCGCCAGGCCCGAGAGGGCUGCCCCUCCUCGGAAACGCCCUCGACGUCCUCAAAGAUCCGUGGCUGACUUUUGGCGGCUGGAUGAAGACGUAUGGCACCAUCAUGCACUUCACCGCUGCCGGAAGCGAUGUAGUCGUCCUCAACGACCUCAAGACCUCGUUCGACAUCUUGGAUCGUCGCGCUGCCGUCACAGCAGACCGGCCCGGUAACGUCAUCAUAGACAUGAUGACGGGGUCCUGCUUCGUGCCUUUCCAGAGCCAGAACGCAAUGUGGCUGCGCAUGCGCAAAGCCUCCCACACAGCGCUGCGCAGCAUCUCCUUCCCAGACAUCCGCCUCGUCCAGCAAAAGGAGGCUACACUCCUGGCGGCGGACAUGCUCAAGGACCCGCGGGACUGGCUGUCGCACCUGCACCGCGCGAUAUCCUCGGCGAAUAUGAACCUGGUAUACGGCACGCCUUCCCUCGCGUCUGCGAGCGAUUUGAAGCUGGUUUGGCUUGAGGACUUUGUCGCGCGGUUGACCAAGGCUGCGCUGCCUGGUGCGCAUUUGAGUCAGGUCUUCCCUUGGUUGAGACAUGUACCAUCUAAAUUCGCGCCUUGGAAGAGGCGGGUGGAGGAUUCGUUUGCGGCGGACUCUGCUAUCUUUGGAAGUUGGUUCGAGGAGGCCAGACUUAGAGGUGUCAAUGGCGGCAACUGUCUCGUCAAAAGCUUCAUCAAGGACCAGAGCCGGUGCAACUUAUCCGACACGGAAAUCAACUGGCUCGCGGCGAGCGUCAUUGCCGGGGCAAAGUCGAUCACGGGCGUGCUCGAGUGGUGGAUGUUGGCUAUGGUCGUCUACCCCGAGGUUCAGCAGCUCGCCCAGGAGGAGCUGGACCGCGUCGUGGGACGCGAGGCGAUGCCGAACUUUGCCGAUCACUACGGAAAGCUACCUUACAUUCAAGCCAUGGUCAAGGAGUCACUUCGGUGGCGACCAGUCGAUCCAAUAGGUCUUCCACAUCAGAGCUCCGAGGACAUAUGGUAUGAAGGCUGCUUUAUACCAAAAGGCUCGUUGCUCAUCCCCAACGUCUGGGCCAUGAACCGCGAUCCGCACACGUACGGCCCGGACGCCCAUCACUUCAACCCAGCUCGGUUCCUCGAUCCCAAGACUGGGCAGCUCAAGCCGCUGGCAGCGGAGACGAAAGAACAGGGCCACGUCACGUUUGGGUUUGGCCGCCGGUUGUGCGUCGGGCGCCAGAUUGCGAAUGAGGAUCUCUUCAUCACUAUCGCGACGGUGCUUUGGGCGAUGAAGAUUGAGCCGAAGGUGGGAUACGAUGGGUUGAAUGUCCCUAUAGAUGUUGAUGGAUGUGUCGAUGACGGUGUCGUUGUACGCCCGGUUCCGUUUGAGUGUACCACCAAAUCUCGGUUUCCUGAGGCAUUUAAGACCCUGCAGGCUGCCGAGAACUAUAGUGUAAGUUGA